AUGCUGGGUCGUGGCAACAACGUCCCGCAGGGACACCAGCAGGGUCAGCUGGACAGCGACAGUGAAAGCUACACAGGCAGCUCCGGCUCCUACUCAGAUAUGGUGUCUGAAGUAUUGCCACAUCAGCAGCGAGGGGCUGCUAUCGUUGGGGGCCCAGUGACACCCAAUAAGGAGCAGGGCAUCCGCACGCGCGGCCUACAGCAGUCACCGGCCUCAGUGAAUCGCAGCGCAGCGGUGGAGAAUCAGCAGGACGAGGGAGGGGAAACGGCGCAGAAAAAAAGCCGUGUGACACGUGGCAAGGAGAAGGCGUGGGCAAUGAUGAACGCUGCCUGGGAAGCUCCUGCGGCGCGUGUGCGUGCGGUGACCGAUGUGGUGGCUGGAAAAGACAGCCAGCGCGUCGCCAUCGCGCUCUUUUUCUGUGUUUCGUGGGUUCAUCUCCUCUUCGUGAUUCUCUCUGCGACACUGUCGCAGAUCGACCUAGUCGGCGGCAGCUGCUACACCUUCUGGGGGUACAAGGAGAACUGCGACACCGUGAGCUACACACGCCGCACAGCCCUCCUCAUGAACUGCACCCGGCUGCGCAGCAAUAUGCAUACCGGUUCGGCCUUCGCCAUUCUCUCCAUUCUGGCAUCGACAGUGACAGUGGUGACAUCGUGGUUGCUGUGCAUCCGCUUCCGCGAGGCCGAUCGAGAGGCCCGCCACCAGUGUCGUUACGUGAACGUGGACGAUGCGGAGUCCAUUGCAGGGGAAGCCAACUUUAACAAUGGUGGUGCACAUAACACGAAACAGGCGAAUGAGGCCGUGUAUGACGCAGGAAAUCUCAAGAAACUGAUGAUGAUUGUCGUUGCCCUCGGUUUGGUCUGUGAGCUUAUCUGCUGGGCUAUCAUUACCGACAUCAACACACAGCAGUAUUGCAACGACAUCUAUCACUGGUCUACCGAUGCAACGUACGGCGUCGGCUUUGGACUGGGACUCACCGGGUGGUUGGCAGAGCUCAUUAUGUACGUCAUCUUUGUUGCGCUGGUGUGA